AUGCCGUCCGAGGACAAAGGCAAGAAGGUGACCGUUGAGGACGAAACUCCGGCUACUAGCGUUCCGUCUUCGAGCCAGCCCGCUUCCGGCCGCCAGCGCUCUUCGAGCCAACCCUCUUCCAGCCGUCCCUCUUCCAGCGGUGAUGCGGGCGGCGUUGCUGGCGGUAACGGCACCAGAACGACCAGAGUCAGAGUUGAGACACCGUCGUAUGCGAGCGCUGGCACAGCCAGUGAUCCUGCUCGCUGGUUCUUGCCGGCUCUCCCAGGCUCGCGCGACCGUCUUCAAGUGCAGCAUACUAUCUCUCGGAAUGCCCAACCUGCUGUGAACGGUCCCAAUCCUGCCGUUGGCCCGCAGCCCCAGUACCAGCACAGAGCUGGUCGUUAUCAACCUCAGGCUCAGCAGGGUCCUGGUGCCUGGAACACGCCCUUAUUCUUUCAGAGAGGCCAAUCCCUUCAGAGAGGUGCCUACCAUAAUCAAUUCAUCCACUCUAGCCCCCACUAUGGUCACUCCUACGUUCACCACAAUCACCCGGGCGUCUUUCCUUACUUGAGUGGCAAUCUCAUCCCUUCCGGGGCCAGUCACAACCACUUCCAUCACCACAACGACCUUGUAAGCUCUCCCUCUGCGCAAGACCCAGACACCACAGCCCUCUCUGCCCUCACAGCUGCAAUUGGAAGACUCCUUCGCACUCUUUCCAACCUCACCAUGGCCGACUACGGUAAUGGCACCAUGCCCAACACGGGCCAGCAUUUCCAGCCGCCCGUACCCGACACCACCUACGGCCCGAUGCACCAUGUCUAUCGACCUCGAUAUGACAAUGGUGUUCCGUUUGCUGCCCCGGCUGCGUACCCCGCUGGCCAGGUUUACCCCUCCUACCACUCGGGCCCUUGCGAAUGCCAGUUUCCCAACGCCCCUGCUCCCGUCUAUGCUACGCAGGCCGGAUACCCUCAGCAGGGUGUUCCGAUGAACGUCCACCCUGGCGCUGCCGCCAUUCCCGUCCAGAUGCCGAUGAUGGCAUACCAGCCGCAGCCGCAUGCUGCCAUGUAUAACGGCGCCGCGAUGAUGCCCGGUAUGCCUGCCGCCAUGCCCACGCCGGGCGUUGCCUACGCGAUGCAGACUCCUGGCGCUGCUCAGCCCGCAGUCCAGGUCGGCACCAUGGCCGCUGGCCAGCCUCAGUUCAUCACAGGUACUUGUGCCCCUAGCUCGCUCCCCCACGGCAUGCUGCCGCCCGACAUCAUGGGCGUCGGCAAGACCCAGGGAGAGAACACGCUCGACCUGUUGGAGUCGAUGCACAGAGAUAAUCUCCUGGAGCCUCAGGACUUCAAGCCUGAUGACGACGACCCCGCCCGCAUGUAUCUUCUUCGUGAGCUCGAUGGUAACUGGACCAAGCGCAACCGAUUUACCAUUGAUCGACUGCCCACCCGAUGGUACAUUACCCCCUGGGGUGGCUUCUACGCCGUCCGCCUCGAGGACUAA